AAUUUGAUUGGUUCUCACGGGCCGCGUGCGCUCGGAAACAUUUGAAUCUGGCAGCGCGGUUUUUAAACGGUCGGGUCCGGGAGAGGCAGGACGGUCCCUGGAAGCGAAGCGCCAAAUAGCAAUAAACAAAUAAACAAAUAAACACGGUCACUCACAGACAAAUACGCGCAGCUGCUGUUGAAUCAUGGACGAAGAGAGAUCUCCGCUGAGGCAGCUCAAUGAAAAGCCUGUGUGCAAAGAGCCAGCGGAGAAGAGCGCGCUGUCCAGACUGCCAGUGCCCACCGUCAAGAGACCCCUGCCAGGCAAAGAGCAGAGUGCAGGGCAGAGCAACCUGAGGCAGCCUGCCAAUAAGCGCCUGUUGGAUCAGUCCGAUGACAAGGCUCCCCCCAAUAAGAGGAAAAUGGUUUCAGCCAGUGUGGUGGGCUUCAAGCCCCGCCCCCCAGUCAUGUCACAAAGACCUGCAGUGAAUCCUGUGCACAAGACCAGUGCUGCCACUGUGGCUGGUGGUCCUUCCAGAGCUGCAAUGAAAAAGCCAGUGGCUGCCACUUUGAAACCAGUAGCUCCCUCUGGUGGGACAACGAGCCGCCGACCAGGCUGGGAUCUCAAGGGCAAAAUGGGUGACAUGCAGAUGAAAGUAUCAAGCUACCAGGAGCAGGUCCGAAACACCAAAACACAGAACCGUGAGCUGAAGGAGGAAGCAGAGAGGGCACAAAGAGAGCUGGAGAACUUGAGAGAGGAGCACAGUGCCCUGCUGAACAAAAUGAGCGACAUGCAGAGCAAAGUGACGAGCUACCAGGAGCAGGUUCAAACCAUAAGUCAAGAGAACCAGGGGCUGAGAGAGAGGGGAGAGAGGGCCCAGAGGGAGCUGGAGGGUCUAACACUGGAGCACAGCGCCCUGCUGAACAAGAUGAGCGACGUGCAGAACAAAGUGACGAGCUACCAGGAGCAGGUUCAGACCAUAAGUCAAGAGAACCAGGGGCUGAGAGAGAGGGGAGACAGGGCCCAGAGGGAGCUGGAGGGGCUAACAUUGGAGCACAGCGCCCUGCUGAACAAGAUGAGGGCCUAUGAGAUGGAAAACCAGGAACUGUCCAGUUUGAAGAGGACUCUUGAGAUGGAUCUGAGCCGUGAGCGUGCCCUUUCUGCUCAGAGGCUGCAGGAGGUGAGAGAGCUGACCCAGAGCAACGCAGAGCAGACAGACAAGCUGCACCAGGGAGAGAUGGAGAGGAGGGCCCUGCACAACACACUGCUGGAGCUCAAGGGAAACAUCCGCGUGUUCUGUAGAGUGCGCCCCUUGCUGGACGGAGUGCAGCAGCAGAGCUCCUUCGAGAUCCAGCCCCAGGACAAGACCAUAGUGCUGGUGAAGACAGAGGAGUCUCACAUCGGCAAGGAGAAGGAGCUUCAUAAAUACCCCUUCAAGUUCGACCACGUGUUCCCACCUCAGUGCUCCCAGCAGCAGGUGUUCUCUGAGAUCUCCCUGCUGGUGCAGUCGGCCCUCGACGGUUACAACGUGUGCAGCUUUGCCUACGGGCAGACCGGCAGCGGCAAGACCUACACCAUGGAGGGGCCCGACGUGCUGGCCGGAGAGGAGAUGGGCAUGAUACCCAGAGCAGUCCAGCAGAUCUUCCAGGCAGCCUGCAGGCUGAGGGAGCAGGGCUGGGAGUACCAAUUCACUGCAAGUUUCCUUGAAAUUUACAAUGAGACAAUCCGCGACCUGCUAGUGAGCAACAAAACACCCAAGAAGAUGGACUACGAGAUCAAGAGAGCCUCUCCCACUGCAGACAUCAGAGUGACCAACCUGAAAUACAUCCCUGUGAGCAGCGAAGAGGAGGUGCUGGGUCUCAUCAAGCUGGCGAAGCAGAACCGCUCGACGGCUCGCACGCAGAUUAACGACGUCUCCUCCAGGAGCCACAGCGUCUUUCAGCUGAGGAUUGAGGGCAAAAACUCAGCCAGGGACGUGUCCUGCAACUCUAUCCUGAGCUUGGUGGACCUGGCCGGCAGUGAGCGUGUUCAGAAGUCCCAGUCCACAGGGGAUCGACUCAAGGAGAUGAAGAGUAUCAACGCCAGCCUCACUAACCUGGGCCUGGUGUUCUCGGCGCUGGCCAGCAAGGAUGGCUUCGUCCCUUAUAGGAACUCCAAGCUCACCUACCUUCUUCAAGACUGCCUGGGAGGAAACAGCAAAACCCUAAUGUUCGUCAACAUCUCUCCUGAAAUAGAGAGCUUCAAUGAGUCAUUAAACUCCCUGCGCUUCGCUAGCAAGGUAAACGAGUGUGUCAUUGGCACCGCCACAGCCAACCGGAAAUGAAGCUCUUCUCCCGACAGUCUGGUACUGCCCUUUUUAAUUCUGACCUGGGCGCUUCUGGAAUUGAGUUUUAUCAUGAAAAGAAUUACAAUAGACUGUCUUGUUUUAGUUCAGUUUUUUUGUAUUCAGUAGGGCUGUAAGACAAACUCUUUGACAGUGUGCCUGGUCACUUUGUUAUACUAUGAAAGAUCUGUUUUUAAAUUCCCAUGCAAUGAAUGUGUUUCCAUAUGCAGAAUGCUGGUGUGCUCUGCAAUCCUCCAUGCCAGGCAUGUUCCUGCGAUCAGGGAUCUGCAACAUCCCUGUCUGUGUGUCUGUCUCUUUCAACUGGUGGCGUAAAGGUGGAACCCACUUCAAUUUGGAAUAUUAUUAUUACUCAAUUCCAUUUCAUGUGUAACUCCUGUCCUUUUUUGUUCAUUAAUAUAUAUUUGUAAGAAAUGGUAAACAUGUGCAUUGUACCCUCUUUUGUUUUUCUGUUUAACACUGGUUUGAAUGGGCUGUGUUUUUGGGGAGGUGUGCAGUUUUGAUAACUGCAGUUCAGAGCAGCUGCUGUUUGUACUGAGCACCGGUGUAGCACAGUGAUAUCUCUUGAAGUCUUCUGCAUUGUGAUUUAAUAGGAUCAUAGAUGCAGCAGGAAUGUCAGAAAUAUCACCCCUCUGCUGGCUUUGGGUUAGAUCCUUCAAAAUAUGGACCCACUUCAAAGCUAUUGCACUCUGCUUCCUUGACGCCUUUUGAGUUGCAUUUGGGUAAAAUCUUCUGCCAAUGACUGGUGCAAAGCAUCCUUCACUGCGCUGUUACAGACUUGUAUUGUACAGUGCAGAAGACUCAGGAAACUAACAGUACAUGUAGCAGAACUCUUUCAAUCCCCCAUCAUUCUCCAGCUCUUGGUUUUCCAGACUUCAUUUUCACAUGUUUUGACUGGCUCAUUUACCCCCCUUUGUAGAUUCCCUCCCUGUGCAGCAGGUAUCAGGAAUCCUAUUGAAACAUGACUGAAUAAGGAUCCUAAUACCUGCUGCACAGGGAGGGAAGCUGCAGGAUUAAUGCCUUUCCUGUGUGUGUACUCACGCAGUAUAACUAACGGCACUGACAUGCUGCCUGUCCCCAUAGAGGCAAUGGGGCUGCUCUGGUAUAAGAAGCAAUCUUACUAAACAAGGGAUUACACCUACCACAGCAGGGCAGGGUUUCUCAAACCAGGUCUGGGGGACCCCCUGUCUUCUGGUUUUCAUUCCAACUGAAAUCUUAAUCUCUGAACUAGACUCUUUUAUUGAACUAAAUUUGUUUUAAUUUGACCUUUUUAAUUGGUUUCAGUUCUUUUUAAAUAGUUGCAGGGUUCAAGUUACUUUAUAAAAUGUUGUAGCUAACUUGAAAUCUGCAACUGUUUUAUGUGAAAGCUAGUAGGGGAUGUCUAGUGAGCAGGGUCUGUACUGCUGUUGUGGAAACACUGCUUUGUUUCUGUGUCAGUUUCUCAAUUUGUUUUUAUUUGAGGUUUUUAAAGGUUUCUAUAGUCAGUUUUUUGUAUUUGUAAAUAAAAAUUCUACCAUUUCUGCUAAAGCUAAGUGUUAUUUUUUUGUGUGUGUGCGGGGGUUGCAUGGUGGGGUGCGUGCAGG